AUGUACAAAAGCUUUAAAGCCAUACGCGACAAAGAUGGGAAAAUACUCAAGGCAGCUCCAUUCCAAGGAUGGCUAAAGUCUGGCACUGUUGCUCGCGUUGAACCCAACAGGAAAUGGUUCGGUAACACACGAAUUGUGGGUCAGGAACAACUCCAGAAGUUCCAAGAAAAUUUGGGAAAAGUGAUGCGAGAUCCUUUUCAAGUUGUUAUGAAGCAGACGAAGCUUCCAAUAAGUCUUCUUCAAGAAAAAGCGAAGCAACAAAGAGUACACGUAACCGAUACCGAAUCCUUUGAAUAUACGUUUGGUAAAAAAUCGCUGAGAAAGCGACCAAAGCUCUCGUGCGCAUCAUUAGAGGACUUGUCUAAAUCAGUAGAGGAGCGCGUGGAUACCUAUGAUUCAACGAAAGAUCGCGAUCUAACAGUGGACGAACGAAAUCUUGAGCGAGUGGAGAAUCCUAAUCCAUUGUUCAAAGCAGGACAGAGUAAUCGUGUUUGGGGAGAACUAUACAAGGUUUUGGACUCCUCAGACGUCGUAGUGCAAGUUAUCGAUGCUCGUGACCCACAGGGCACACGAUGUCGCCAUGUGGAGGAGUUUCUGCGCAAGGAAAAACCUCACAAACAUUUGGUUACUGUUAUAAAUAAAGUGGAUUUGGUCCCCACAUGGGUUACGCGAAAAUGGAUUAGCGUGUUGUCGAAAGAAAUGCCAACUAUAGCUUUCCAUGCCUCUAUUCAGCAUUCAUUUGGAAAAGGAGCUGUGAUCAACAUUUUACGUCAAUUUGCAGCACUACAUAAAGAUAGGCAACAGGUAGGUCUUUGUCAGUGUUAA